AGGUUCGAAACUUUGAGAGCAACUCUGCAACCGUUUAUUUGCGAGCCAUGUCGGAUGAGGAGAAGGUCAAGGUGAAAGUGACGGGACUUGCCGGAGAAGAGAUCUGGAGCGCGGAGGUUCCGGGGCGCGAGUCCAUGGACUCGCUGCGUCAGAGCGUGGCCACGCAUUUGGACGUGAGACUGCCGCGGGUGAAGCUGGUGCAUGGGGACGCCACCCUGGCCGGCCCCGACAUGUUGCAGAGCCUUGGCACCGAGGUGUCGGCGCAGCUGGUGCUGUUGGACUUUACCGAGGAGAUCCGAAGGAUCCAGACAGCGUUGGCGGCCGCGAACCGUGAUGUCAAGAUGACCGAGGGACUCAGCGACGAAGAGAUUGAGAAGUUGGAGAAGCGCUAUGAUUUCCGCUUCCCGCCAGACUUGAAGGAAUUUCUGCAGGUGGGUGUCCCGGUGGGUGGCUCCUGGCACAACUGGCACGUCUUAGCCUUGGACGAGGUGAUUAGCGACUCGGUGGCCGACGUUUUGCGGUAUGAGUGCACGCCGGAGGAUGAGGAGGCCCUGGAGGAUCUGGGGGACUGGGCUCCAGAGGGCGAAAGGACCCUGGAGAACGCCCAGGCCAUGGCAAAGGCCCACCCCCUCAUCCCCAUCUACGCGCAUCGGUGUAUCCCCACCAAGCCCUAUGAGUGCGGGCUGCCGGUGUUGUCCAUGCACCAGUGCGACGACAUCAUUGUCUACGGCGAGAACUUUUGGGCCUGGGUCGCGGGCAGCGAUUGCAACCUGCCGGAUGGAACGGUGCCUGCGGAGUGGAUGGCCAAGAAGGUCCACUUCAGCACCCUCCCCUUCUGGCAGCAUUGGCUCUGAAGCGGAUCCGUAGAUCCGUAUGCC